GAACAAACAACAGUAUUCAUCACAUUACCGUUUUUUCAUAGUUAUUACACAUACAAAAUGCCGUUAAUUCUGUUAUGCGGGUAUCCUUGUUCAGGUAAAUCAACCAUUGUCUCUUUAUUAGCUGACAUACUAAAGCAACAUUUACCUCAUUAUUCAAUUCUUAUUGUGGAUGAAUUUAAAAGUGGCAAUCUACAAUCGAAAAUAACAACUAACUAUGAUAUCAGAUGUGAUAUUUAUGCAGAUUCCCUAAAAGAACGUGAAUUUCGCGGUCAACAAAAAUCAGAGGUUGAACGAGCACUUACACAAAGUCAAUCGACUAUAGUAAUCAUGGAUGCACCCAAUUAUAUCAAGGGUUAUAGAUACGAAUUAUAUUGCAUGGCCAAAUCUCAUAAACAUCAACAAAUUGUUUUAUUCAGUGAUAUCCCGCCUGAAAUUUCGAAACAUUGGAAUUCGAAAAUUAAUCGGUAUCCUGUUGAUCUGCUUUCGGAUAUGAUUAGCAGGUUUGAACGUCCUCAGUCUACACAGCGUUGGGAUAACCCACUUAUAACUAUUGAACCUCAUCUUUGGAACUCACCGAGCACUGAUAAUAUGGAGUCAGUAAUUAUACAAAUAAAACAGCUGCUAGACAACAGAGGCAAAGGAAAGAUCCAACCAAACAAAUCAACACAACUGACAAUUAUCUCAUCAUCUAACUACCUACAAAAUCUGGAGCAUAUCACGCAGCAAGUCGUAGAUCAUGUCCUUCGAAGUCAAACCAGUGGUCUUUCAUCAGUCGAUCUCCCUAUGUGUUUCCAAAACGAGCAUAACCGAGAUGUAGUUCUUCAAAUUGCCAACUCCGAAACUAAAUACACGAUUGGCAACCUUAUACGACUUAAACGCCGAUAUAUUGCGGUACAACGAUUAAAAUUUGAUCAGUUAAAUACAGUUUCGGAUGAUGCUUCGAUUGCAACAAACUUUUUGCAGUUUAUUUCGUUCAAUGGGGAUUUAUGUGAUGAUGAAGCCAGUUAGAAAGUGACAAAAACUUAUAAAGACAAGAAUCACAAGUGAUAUUGUCAUGUAACAUAAUAUAUUUUUUUAUCGUUUGUCA